GACAGUGGGUGGGCUGGACUUCCGCUGUUAUUACUGUACAACAUAUACUGUACGUGCUAACGAAGAAAACAGCUAGCGUACCAGUAAAAGCAGAGCUGCGUUUUAGCCCGUUAAGGGAUCUGCAAACCAAACUCAGUCGCCGAAUUUCUUCGAUUAUAAACAGAAGGUUCGGGCCGGGCCGGGACUUCGCUUUCCCCAGCAAUGGGUUCGGCUCAUCGGACAGUGGAAGACGAGUUGGAGAAGAUUCUGAGCGGUGAAGGCUCGCCCGUGCAGCGGUUUGAUUCCGCUCCGGACCUGCAGUCGGUAGCAUUAAGAAAAACUACCUGCUACAUCGUCUGCGGCGUCAUCUUUAACGAAAAGAACGAAGUGCUGAUGAUGCAGGAGGCGAAACCCGAGUGCCACGGGCAGUGGUACCUCCCCGCCGGCAGGAUGGAGGAGAACGAGAGCAUUGUGGAGGGGAUGAGAAGGGAGGUGAGGGAGGAGACGGGCCUGGAGUGCGACCCGGUCACCCUGCUCCUGGUGCAGGAGAACGGCCCGCGCUGGAUCCGAUUCACUUUUCUGGCCCGAGCGACAGGAGGAAUGAUAAAGACAGAAGCAGAAGCUGACUCUGAAUCGCUGCAAGCCCGGUGGUGGGACAGGCUUUCCCAUCUCCCGCUGAGAGCACGGGACAUCCUCCCCCUGAUCGAGGCCGGACUGAGGUAUAAGGAGGAGCAAUGGUUCCCUCCCACCCUCCCCGUGGACAUACCCUGCCACCUGCUCUGCCAGAGGCUGAUCCUGACAUUUACAGACACCAGCAACCACCUGUGGCUGCUGCUGGGCACCCAGGAUGACUUGCAUCUGCCCGUCACCGUUUCGGGCAUUGGGCCAGCAGAGAGGUCACGGAACCUCACGUGGGCCAUCCGCAGGCUGGUCAGGGAGUGCAUGCCAUGCUCUCAAAUCACCAGCAAAACCCUGGGGGUUUUCGGACUCCAGCAUCACGGGAGGGACCCAGGCAAAACGGAUGGGAUAUGUUUCAAUGUGCUGGUUUCCAUCGAACACACUAGCGAGACGGCCAGCACAGGGAACCCCCCAGUACUAGAAAGCGACAAGUUUCAGUGGCACAAAGUGGAGAACCAAGAUUUGAAAGCACAGCUGGAGCAAAGGCAGGACUCGAGAUCUGUUGUUCCAAUUCAUAGUAUAUUUUAAUUUGAGGAACUAAAAAAAAAUAAAGCAGAGAAAUGAGUGCCAAAUCUCAAAAAUCCAUUCAGUUGCACUUUCAGAUGCAGGUCUUGGUGUAUUAUAUACAUGACAAAACCUCAUAAUGAGAGGGCGUGUCCUGGAUAAAUCCCACCUUGGGUUGCGCAGUCUGGCCUUUCUUUCUACUGUAAUUCAAUUGGUGAAGCAAGUUCACACGAUCUGCAGUGUAGCAGGGGUACAGGCACGUAAGGUCAGCCUAAUGUGACUCAGGUGGGUGCUGCACUUCAGUGGUGGUUCACGUGGGUCCCCUAAGUUUUGUAAAGUGCUCUGAUAUUCUUUGGAAUGAACGAAAGCACUCAAUUAUUAUUAAUGUAUCCCUCUAGGCUUGCUUUCAUUUUACAUCAGAAAAUAGUUAAAAUUAAUAAAUCACUCGUGAUAACUUCUUGAGUAAUGUACUGAAAAGGGAUGUUUCAGUGCAAAAGGUUUUUGCCAUUUUUAUACAGUCUGCCUUUGCACGUGGCUUAAACGAUUUGCAAAAACACUCUCAAAUAUGUAUAUCCAUCACAAGCAUCUCUUUUUUGGUUACAGGACUAGUGUACCCUUCAAUGAAGUCCACCAUCUCUUGACAUGAUUAACUGAUUCACUGUAAAAGUAGCUAUGAAAGCUGUUUCUUACCAUUCCUGUUUGGUUUUAAGAGGUAUAAGAUCAUAUAGUAAGAGGUAACUAAUGGAAUGCAGUUAGAUCUUAAGAGUAGAUAAUUCCAGAUUUUCAAUACACAUUCUCCUACAUAGGAUAUAUAUAAUUUAUCUUUCAGACAUUGGUAUGACUCAAUCCUAGGGCAGUUAGCAUAUUGCUGAUCUCAAUAAUCAUAAGUAUAGACGUCUGCAGGACUAGAUUACAGUGAUCUCAAACAACUAAGAAACUAACUUGACCCUGCUACAUCAGUCGUUCUACGAUUAUGUGCAUAAACAAAGUAAAACAUUUGCAAGUCACUGACCGAACUGGAUUAAAAUGAACAUCCUUUUGAAUUUAUUUCCCUACAUCAUGUUAAUUUUCACAACAUUUUCACAAGGACAACAGCCAAUGUUGGCUUCCCCAGUAUAAACUAAGUUUUGAUACAUUUGCACAAUUUAGAGUGGUAUAUUAUCAAUCACAACUCAUCCCAAGGUAAAAAAAAAAGGUUCAAGGUUUAGUUUGCUAAAUUAAAAGAUGAGAAAUGAAAAACAGAAAAUUCAGUAUUAUUAUUAUAUAUCAAGAGUGCAGUUUUAAGGUUUGACUUAACGAACUUGAUUCAGUGAUUUCUUUUAGUAAGAAAUACCCAUUUUCUGACAAAUAUAGAAACACUGGUAGACCAGACAUAACUUAAACUUCAUAUACUGGUGGUAAAACUCCUGAUGACACUGCAGUUAUUCUAAAGACAAUUAAUCACAAUGCAGAAUCCAGGAGGAAGUGGAUAGGGGUGUGCAAAAACAGCAAAGACUAGAGCAAUUUCCUUUUAAUUUCCAAAUUUUUCCAGUCUUAUCUCUGAAAACUGUCUUUGAAGCUUUUUCUGUCCUACUCAUUUCCUUUCAUUUUGUCAACUGUUCUUGAUUUGAAUGUUAUCUGAAUUAUGAAUAUUUAAUAAAGAAAUAUAUCAUUCAAAACAA